AUCCUCCUUAGAUUGCGCCUUUACCUAAAGGACGCUCCCUUUGUUCGGGAGCUAACGCCGGACUUUAGGUCCCCGCCUUACGCUCCACGCUCUGUCGGGUUACCCUCCCUCCAGUGUGUCCCUUCUUCUCUGUUCAUUCUGUCAGAAAUUCUCCAUCACGAAAGAAUCAUCACGGCGAAAAGCACAUGAAGUAGAUCAAAAUGGCCGAAUCGACGACACUACCACCUCUAUCAAGCCUGAUUCAGCCUGCGAUACGAACAGUGGUAUCUGGCGAGGACAAUUGGAAGGGCAAGACGAGCCCUGCGGAGAGGAGGAAGAUCCAGAACAGGCUCAAUCAGCGAACGUGGAGACAACGAAGAAAGGCUGAAAAGCAACAGCAGCGCCAGGCGAAAACCCGACAGUCUGGUACGGACGCCAGGAAACCCUCGUCCUCUUCCUCGUCCACCAACUCGUCGCCGCCGUCCUCCGGCGCUCUCGUAGCAAGCUCGAAGUGGGCGGCGGCAUUACCGGCCGCCACCGUGGCCAAUGAUGAUGGCACGACGACCUACGUGACGAUAGAAAUGUCUCGGCCGGGCCUGUACAAGUCGAAAAGGGGCGAGCGGACGUGCGCUAAGAACACGACGUUGAUGGCCUUGACAUACAUUGGGCGGCCGCGACAAAUGGCAGACCUUCGAGACGAGGACCUGGACGACUUAUACCAGCUGUUCCUACAGCACGCGCAUCAGAGUCGAAGGAGCCCGAGCCCGGAUCCAAUGUCGGAUUUACUGAUACCACUUGUGCAGUUCAAUUUGUUCCGCGGUCUGAUGGAGAACAUGAAGACGCUGGGUAUUACCAUGCCCAUGAUCUGUGACGAUGACUGCGUAUCCCCAUUUGGAAGCGAUCCCGUGUACAAUGUCAACACCGCAUGGAAUGUCCCGUACUUUUUGAAGCCAACGGAGACGCAGCUGACACGAGUACACCAUCCCUGGCUCGACUUCCUCCCCCUACCGAGGAUGCGGGACAACUUGAUCAAGGCCGGGGAUGACUGGGAUGAUGAGGCGCUGUGUCUAGAUAUGAUCGGUGACGGAGAUGCGCCAUCUGGACAAGGAGGCAUGAUUCUGUGGGGAGAACCAUGGGAUCCCAAUAGCUGGGAAGUCACGCAGGACUUUGUCGAGAAGUGGCGGUGGAUCCUCGAAGGGUGUGAGGAGAUGAUCAGAUCGUCUAACUUUUGGAGAGCAAAACGAGGCGAGAAGAGACUGAGGGUGAGAAUAUAAAGACACGAGUUAGCCCCCGUGGCCUCAACUGCAUCAACGCCAUGUUCCACGAUUGAUUGACGCUUUUAGACCAGGUGCCUGUGAGUUAGCCGUGCCAUUGACAGUAGUUAAAAAUCAGGUGGAAUGAGACAAGGU